UUUCUCUCCAAAUGCCUUCAAAACCAAUAAUAAUAAUAAUGUGACAAUUUUCUUAGAGACGAGGAUAGAAAAACACAAUCCCUUAGUUGAAUCAAUGUUCCAUGUUGAUUGAUUAAAAUCCUAUAAUCAACCUAUUGGCUCCACACAUGAUCAGCUGGGAUUAAUGAAGAAAUGAAAUGAAUGAGUAUAGAGCAAAAUAUAUGUUUGUUCCAAUCAUCCGGUUCUUUCUUUAAUUGAAUCUUAACACAAAGCCCAAAUCUGGAGAGCUAUCCGAGAUGAACAAUAUGCCAUUAGAAGCUGCAAGUCAGUCCAGAAAGAACGACGAAACUGUCAAGGCUGCCUGCACUUCCACUUCUACCAUUCCAUAUAACCAAAACACAUCAGAGCAAUUGCUAAAAAAUAGUGCAAACUCUGGUCCUGAAUUGCAGCAUCAACCGCUUUUUAGUACAAAUCAGAGUUCCAAAAAUAAUGCUAGUCUAACCUAUAACGUCCAGCCAUGUGAAUCCAGAAAUGAUGAAGCUAUUAAUAAUAUUUUUACAACUAAUCCCUACAACUUGCCUAGCCCAAAGACAGUCAUGAAGACAAGUACACGUAGCGAUAGCUUAGAGAGUUCCAGUAGUGCACCUCUCAAGCCCCACACUGGUGGUGAUGUUCGAUGGGAUGCCAUUAACUCUCUUUCUUCAAGAGGAUCAUCUCCCCUUGGCCUUAGCAAUUUCCGAUUGUUGAAGCGCCUAGGCUAUGGGGAUAUUGGAAGUGUUUACCUUGUGGAACUGCGAGGAACGAACACUUACUUUGCCAUGAAAGUCAUGGAUAAAGGAUCUCUAGCAAGUAGAAAUAAAUUGCUUAGAGCUCAAACAGAAAAGGAGAUUCUUGGUCUUCUUGAUCAUCCAUUCUUCCCCACCUUGUAUUCCUACUUUGAGACUGACAAGUUCUAUUGCAUAGUCAUGGAGUUCUGCAGUGGUGGUAACCUUCACUCCCUCCGCCAAAAGCAGCCCAAUAAGCAUUUUACUGAGGAAGCUGCUAGGUUUUAUGCAUCAGAGGUAUUGUUGGCACUUGAAUAUCUGCAUAUGCUAGGAAUUGUAUACAGAGAUCUAAAGCCAGAAAAUGUACUAGUGAGGGCUGAGGGUCAUAUUAUGCUGUCUGAUUUUGACCUGUCACUCCGUUGCUCCGUCAAUCCAACUCUUGUGAAGUCUUCAUCUGUACAUGCAGGAGGGAAUUAUGGCAGUAAUACAAAUUCUAAAAGCGGAGGAGGAGGAGGCAUCUUAGAUGAUGAGAAUGCAAUGCAGGGUUGUAUGCAACCAUCAAAUUUUCUCCCUCGCAUUCUUCCUACCAAGAAGAAUCGCAAGUCUAAAUCAGAUUUUGGGCUGUUUGUGGGAGGAUCACUCCCUGAACUAAUGGCAGAGCCAACUAAUGUGCGCUCAAUGUCAUUUGUGGGAACUCAUGAAUACUUGGCCCCAGAAAUAAUCCGCGGUGAGGGUCAUGGUAGUGCAGUAGAUUGGUGGACUUUUGGUAUAUUCCUGUACGAACUUUUGCAUGGGACAACUCCUUUUAAAGGUUCUGGAAAUCGCGCCACGCUGUUUAAUGUAGUAGGCCAACCAUUAAGAUUUCCAGAAGCUCCACAAGUGAGUUCCAUGGCUCAAGAUCUUAUAAGAGGGCUCCUCGUCAAGGAGCCACAGAAGAGAAUCGCGUAUAAGAGGGGCGCCGCUGAGAUAAAACAACAUCCAUUUUUCGAGGGUGUGAAUUGGGCUUUGGUGAGAAGUGCUGUUCCUCCUUAUGUACCUGAGCCUGUCGACUUUUCCCAAUAUGCCAGUAAAGAAUCAUCAGCUCAUUCAGACAAGAAGUUUGCGGCUGAAAUUGUUAGUCAUGAUAAAAACAAGAGUUGUUCUACUGAUUCUUCAUACAUUAACAUUGAGUACUUCUAGGAUAUUUGGAUUCUUAAUAAGAAUUCAUAUACCUUGUAGCAACAAUAAUUAAGUUGUACAGAGAAUGCAAAGCAUAUUAUAAUUAGGUGAAAAAAAUUAGUGGGGUGUCGCAGAUGUGCUAUAAGGAUUUAAUGUUACUAGGGUAUAUAGGAAGAGUUCAAUGCUGCGUUCUUUCGGUAGCAACUGUCUCAUGGGGAUCUAUAAAACGUACAAUACUGAUUAGAUAUGCUAAAAACUAUUGUCGAAGAAUUUCCUUACA